GCGGCGUGAGACGUUUAGUAGCUGUCAAUUGAGUUCGUGCUCGGGUGUUCGUGCAAGUGUUCCGCAUUUAUAGUUGCAAGAGUAAUUUCAAUUUUAUAAUAAUUGUUAAAUCUAACAAUUGGUUAUUAAAAAUUUGUUAUUGAAUUCGUACAAGUGUUUUCAAAGGACAUUUUAUUAUCUUUUCAUACAUAAUUUAUAUAGGCAAUGCUGAUAGUGCCCUCGAUGAGUUAUUUAUAAUAUACUGAAAUAAAACAUUUUUAAUUCUACAAAAUGGGAAAAUUAUUGAGUCUUUUGGCACGUGACGAGUCGAAUUGUUGUUCCUCGCCUCGAUAUGAUAUAUUUUUGGAUUUCGAGAAUGCAGCGCCCACGGAUACAGAACGAGAUGUUUUCGAAGAAGUUCAAAGAGUUUUAUUGGAUUCUGAAAGAAUUUUGGAGGAGAUACAGUGUUACAAAGGUGCUGGGAAGGAGAUUCGAGAAGCUAUAGCGGAUCCUUCCCGGAUAACUCAGGAACGAGCCUGGCGUGCCGUCAAACCUUUGGUGGACAAACUGCUCAGAUGUUACCAACAUUCGCUGGAGCUGCAGCGGGUGGUUCCCCGUCUACUAGGAUCCUUAGUGGGGGGAGCUAUGAGUCCUACACAACAUCUUGAACAACAACAAGCACUGGUCAAACAGUUCGCAGAAAUUCUUGAGUUUGUGCUCAAAUUUGACGAACACAAGAUGAAAACGCCGGCAAUUCAAAACGACUUCAGUUACUAUCGACGUAGCGUAUCCAGAGGAGGUCUUAUCAAUUCAGAAUUACCUCCUGACGAAGAGCCGCACAUAGGCGCUGAAGUGGCCAACAGAAUGUCUCUCUUCUACGCACAAGCCACACCAAUGCUCAAAGUACUCUCAGAAGCGACCAGCCAGUUUGUGAACGACAACCAACAAGAUUUGGAGAACACGACCGAAACACUAAGUACAAUGGCUAAGGUCUGCUUGAGGAUGCUGGAGAAUCCGAAACUGGUCGCACAAUUCAGCCGAGAAGAGACAUCUCUACUCGUCCUACGUGUUAUGGUAGGUCUUAUAAUACUGUACGAUUGGGUGCAUCCUUCUGGAGCUUUCUGUCGCUCGUCAUCCGUUGACGUCAAGGGUUGCGUGAAAUUCCUUCAGCAGCAACCACCAGCGAAAGCUGAGCCUUUGUUGAAUGCACUCCGGUACACCACUAAGCAUCUCAACCAUCAGUCGACGCCGAAGAAUAUCAGAGCUCUGCUAGCGGCGUGAGGACACCAUUCAAGCCUUGCAUGUUGCUGUGGGGACUGAUACAAUAACCUGUGGGGAUUUCUCGUGGCCGUUUUACGUUGCUCUUAGAGCCUGUUUAUUGUAGAUCAAAUAACUAAGCCUUUCUUUAGACAGCGUAUGGGUUACUCUGCUUUUGAAAUAACAGAUGUAACGAAAAUAUUUUUAAAAACUGAAAUGAUUCGAAUUUCUACGAUACCUAAAAUUAAAUAAAUGCGGCGAAUAAUGUAUGUGGAUAAAAUUUAACAGGACUUCAGAUAUUUAUAAUUUUUUUUAAAUUAGGAUAAAAAAAGACAAAGUGAUCCCGUAAAGAAUUUGAACUGCCAAAAGUAUUUAUAUAAAUUUAUAUGUCUCAUUUUAGAGAGAUAAAAAGAGAUGAUACAUUUUUUAAAUCUCCCGAUAAUGCGUCCAUCUUUGGUCUACAAUAAACAGACGCUUAGUUAAAUUAGCUAUAGAAAUAAGAUUAGAAAUUAAAAACAUCAUUAACACAAAUAUCCUAUCAAAAGAAAUAUAAUCUACAUUUACUCCCAGAUUUUAAUGUCGGUUUCCACUGGCGACAUAUUGUCAUCUACUCCUUUGAGACAAUAAUUUUUAAUACAAGUCCCAGUGGAAAAUUUAGGGAGAACUAAGUUCCAUUUUAACCAUCGAGUGUAUUGUAUAAGAGAUUUUGUGAGAUUGAUAGAAUUCAUUGUAACAAUAUAGCACAAUGUAAGUUUACACACUUGUAUAAAUUAUUAAUGUUAAAACGGACAAUAUAUCAUU